AUGUUAGUCAUUAAUCGUUACCUUGCGUUAUUUCUGAUGCUGGUGAUCGUCAGCAUAAUAGCAGCAGUUGGUGGUAGUGAUCACGUAGAUAGCUCCAGCAAGAGUGAUGUCGUCAAAAGCCGUCAAAAACGCAUCGUCUUUCCUCUCAAUGCGGCCAUGGGAAUCAUUUUUGCCCUGGCCAUCCCGCUUGGCAUACCGAGCAGGAACAUUUUCAUGUCGUAUAACUUCGAGGGUAACUACAACAAUCCAGCGGAUGCGAACAUCUUCUCCGAGGGGUUCGCAAACUACAUUAAGGGCAUCGUGGAACCACUGACUGCCCCAUCGCGUCCAGUUGAGCAGUACGGCAUUAGAAAGCGAAGCAACGAAGACUCUCCCAAAAGCAAGCGCCCGGUUGCACAAAUAACGCGAAGGCAGAUUUACAAAACGAUAGAAAAGCAUCUUCAGACGCAACAUUUCCAUGGCAGCCAAUGCUUAAGCAGGAUGAUCUGUGAGGCAGCGUUACAUCCCUUCAGUGAAGCGAAUGGAUUGAUCGGUGAUCUGAUGCAGAUCAUGCUCAGCCCCUCUUCGUCGAUGUAUGAAAACCUGCCGCACGAGUAUUCGAUCGCCGAACAAUCCGGUCGGGAGGGUUCCUGUGAAAAGUACCGAAGAGGAAAAUGUCCUAAAGAUCCUCUCGAAAUCGUUAGUGUUUUAACGGUUUCAAUACAUGCGGCUUCUGGGCGAUGGGAAAACCAUCGUCAAGAUACGAGUGAAAGGUGUCGAAAUUCAUCCAACGAGAAGGAUUUAAUUGGAUCAAUUUCACUGAAACAACCGCACAUGGGAACUCAAAACACGACCCACCCGGAGGAUGAAGGACGCUUUCUCAUACGUGGCAAACCGAUCCUGAUCUACCCACCAACGGCACCGACUCGGCACCAGCUGAUCGUCGGCAUCGGUGUUCCGGUGCAGGAAAUUCCACACUCCGUCGUAUUCGGGUGGGUGUUGAAGGCCCAGUACUACCUGCCGACGGUGACACAAAACUACGAUCCAAUCUAUCUGGAUAACUGGAACGAUAGCAGGCGAGCAUUCCCGGAUCGAACGAGACGCUCGAUCGAGCGGUACGAGAUGGACAAUAUUCGGAUCCAGGUAGAGCCGUUACCGCCGGAAGAACACCAGAGUUUGUCGGAUGACGACUUUGACUAUUACGGCGAGGAAAACUUGGAUGAAGUAGCUUCUGAGGGCGUUCCAGAGGGCACCUCUAAGUUCUCCGAGGCUGGCACGACUGAUGACACAAAACAACAGCCUCCGAAGGACUUCGACGUCACCAACGGCAGGUGGACGACAUAUAAGACAAUCGAGCGGCUUAGUGAUGGUUACGGGCUCGGCGGAAAAGUGUGCAUGUUACGCAGCAUUUGUGAGGCAGCUGAGGCCCAAUUUACGCAUACGGGUGGUGUGUUUGCGGAACUGCUGCACAUCAUGUUUACCCCUUCCAGCACACGGGAACCCAUUUUGGAACAUCUCGACAACGAGUACCACCGGGCGGAACAGCUUGGCCGUUCGGGUGCACCCUGUGCGGAGAUAUUUCGCGAGUGUUCCACUUCCCUGCUGGACAUGUUCUCCGGCGUGCACGAUCUCCACCAGCCGACGUCAUCGUUCUUCACUGGAUCAACUUCUGGAACGUAUAAACAUCCCCCACCGUUGCGUGUCUGGCUUGCGUUCGUACCUUCAAAGAUCUCCCGCUCUCCGAAAAAGGAGGUCACGCGGUUGACCUGGCAGAACAGUAAAGUGCUCAGUCGCGGGUACGUGCUAACAGGAGUGGCAAGGCUAGUGUUGAGUGUAACGCUAGCUGCGUUCGUUGCCGCCGAUUUCAUCCCCUGGUUGAUCGUCCCGGAAACGGCUCCGACGCGUCAUCAGCUCAUCAGUGGCAUCGGCAUUCCCGUUGGUACGCCAGAAUCCAUCACCAGUGGGUGGGUUAUGAAGGCGCAGUACUUUCUACCGACGAAGGUGGACGAUCUGAAACCGGAAUUGUGGGAAAACUGGAAUGACAGUCGUCGGGCGCUAGUACGACGUGAUCUGCAGGAUUCACGCGUGCCCGUAGUUCGGCUUCCCACCGCCAGAGGAUAUGAGCGUUACGAUAUUAGUGACGUAGAACUACACGAGGAAUCGCUACCGGAGGAACAGUUCGACGAUGGAGACGAUAACUAUUGGAUGGAUGUGGACGAUGACAGGAUGUUGCAGCAGAUGAACGCCGGUCAGAUUGGACCUCCAGCACAGGAGCUCGAACCGAGUCAGCUGCUGGGUUACAGCGCCGAGCAGUCACGCUGGACUACGUACAAGUCGAUGGAGAAGCUAAGUGAAACGUACGGUCUACCUGGUCGGCCGUGUGUCCUGCGUAGUGUAUGUGAAGCGGCAGCUGCUCCGUUCACACACACUGGCGGUAUCUUUGCCGAACUCCUGCACAUCAUGUUCACGCCUUCGAGCACCACCGAGGAGUUGGGGGAACAUCGAGAUAACGAGUACUUCCGGGCGGAGCAGCUCGGUCGCACUGGAGCUCCCUGCGAGCGGAUCUUCGCCGAAUGUGUCCACUCACUGCUGGAUGUCUUCACGGGAGUUCAUGAUCCGGAAACGGGCACGAUGCAGCUGCUGCACGAUCAGGUGCGGGCUUUUCUCAUGCGGAAGUGA